AUGUCUCUCGUCACUGUUAGUGCUACUCUGUUUGUGAUAGUCCUGAACAUAGGAACAGUUCUUCUGCAGAGAAACCAAAGACCCACAUCCACAACAGACAGAAUCAUUGCAGGUGGCAGACCUUUUGAAGUUGUGCAGACGAAUGAUGGGAGGCGGAUCCUCGUUUUUUUAGAAGACGGGGGUGGUAGAAGAAGAGUUCAGACCAUCUCCUCCUCACAAGGCCUCAAUAUCGUAGACUCCUUUCCGAGUGACCCGUCCUUGUUAUCGCGAAGACAACGCCGAGGUCUGGAGAAAUUACGAAGAGACUUGUCGAGACUCUUACGCAGGCGUACAAAUCUUAGCCGAUACACAAUAACUAGAGAUCGAAAUAGAGUUCCGGAAUUGGUCCGUAGAAGAAGCAGUCGACAGAGGGCGCUUUCAAGAAAUGAUGUCAUUCACAUGUUUCGAUUGAUAAAGCAGUACUUAUCGGGGCAGCUACUAACAACGUCACAAACUCAAAGAACGAGCAGUUUGUCGACUUCACGUGUGAUGUCACCUUUGACAUCAACAUUCAGCACAAGUUCAGCAACUUUUAGCCCUACAACGUCAACACUAAAAACUACUCUACGACCGGUCUCGAUCACAUCAACGAUAAGGCCCACAGCGCGUGCGUCAAAGUCGGAGGGUUUAGUGACACAGCUUCGAGAAGAGGAACAGAAACUAAUUACCUUACUGCAGACGACAACUUCACCAACAGCAAGAUUAACUACCGACAACGGGAUCGUGAACACUCUGCAGGACAAGGACAGACAACUCAUACAAGAACUGGCUAAUCUAGAAAGAACCACAUUACUGCCAACAACGCCCUCAGUGGCACACGUUUUGUCUUCCCGAGAGUCCCUCCUCCACAGAACUAGGAGUGAUAUUUUACAGGUGAAGACAGACCUCCAGAGAAUACAAAAUGCGCUUCUACAGAGGCUGCGGAACAGAAAUGAGAGGAACAAUGCACCCAGUGCUCAAUCAAAUGCAGAAUUUGUUCGUCUUCAGAACAUCGAACAACAUCUCCUUCAUCGUCUUCAGUCACUGCAAUCGAAGGCAAAUCAAAUAACACGUGAUCGUAUGCAACCAAUCACAAAGGAGAAGAGAAACGAAACCAUGAGGUCAAGUGAGAAAAUGAUGAAUGUAAAACAUACAGAAACAACUUCACACACUGGGAACCCCCAGCAGGUUGAUCCAGUUCAUUCCAGACUUGAAAGUGUUUUACUAUCGCUCGAAAAGGGAUUGAGUAAAGCCGAACAAUUGGUUCUAAUUCGAGUUCUUGGAGAGAUAGAAGGAGGUGGACAAAUAAAAAUUAAUACAGAUAUUAAUCACCUCAUGGGAAAACUUCAUAACUUAUUGACUGGUGACGAUUUCAUAUUCAUAAGACAUGUAAUAUUAGGAAAAGACACCGGCCCAUUGGGACUUCCGGCGGCUCAGGCGUCAUUAGAUACACAGACAGGUCCCCAGGAGAAUAACGCAGAGGCUUUUCCUACUGGCGAUAUAGACAAAAUAGCGAACAUCGUGCAAAAUCAUCUUCUUCCUGAGGAACAACACGCUGUAAUGAAUCUUUUGUCUCAAAAUCGUCAACGUGAAUCGCAUUCUCCUCAAACACCUUAUGUUCGUCUUGGUCUUGAAAAGCUAAAGAAAGUGCUUACAUUCUCGGAAUACAAGACUCUGGAAAGAUUAAUUAACGGAGCAACAGAGCAACAUCAACAACCGGGACAUAAUGUGAAUGUUCCGGCUGCUGUCGAGCAUUCGGCGAGACUUCACCCGACCAAUCAACACAUAGGACCGAAUCAUCAAUCAUCUCAUCUGCUCCCACACCGCCAGGAUUUAAACAUUGUCAAUAAUCUCAUACCACCAUCCACAUCUGAAUUCAUUGGUCAUCAAACAAUGAUUCAGCAGAACCAGAUGCAACACCAAAACGGCGUCUCCGGUCAGACGGGUGCUCAUCCGAUAAGACACGUUCCUGCGGCAACACAUGGUUUUCAUGGAAUUAUAAAUAGCAUGGGUUAUCCGAUGCAAGCAGGCAUGCCUGCAUUCAUGCAAGAGCUGAUGUUCGGUGAUACAACAGAUCCUCCCGAUCUUCCGAGCCCCAGUACCACGUCAUCUACAACCACGUCAGCAGCUGCAACGACGGCACCAACACCGCCAGAGGGCGUGGUGCAUCAAUCAUCAUCUUUAAGAGGGAAGGUGGGAUUUGAAAAUAUUCCAUCUACUACAUCUUCUCCAAGCACGAAUAGUCCCGCCAUGGGGAUAUCAUCUCACAUUAAAACAAUUAUGCAUGUAUUAAAAAGUUCUGGGGUGCCUCAAAACGUUAAGCUCGAAUUCCAUUUGCCGAAGCAGUCACAAGCUGGAGAAGAGUCUCCCAAGAUAGUUGAACAUAAACCAGAAAAAUUGACGACUCCAGUCCAUACAUCACGAGUUGUGAAACCGGAAGUAACAUUUCCCUACAAAUUGGAACAAUUUCAAAACAGUGUGAACCAUUCACACGUAAAGGGUCACAUUAUUGUAAACAAUCAACAAUCUCAGGUGUUUGUGCCUUUUAAAAAACCGCAAAGCGAUGCUUACAUCCGCGUUCAAGUUCAUAAAACUCAACCAAACAACAUACCCGUGUUUCGCGGGUCUCAGGUUUCCUCUAGUCGCCAAGCUAACCACCAGAAAUACCAGGUAACAAGCCAUACUGGAAAGGACGAUAAUGUCGAUAAUCUAUCAAACAUAGAGACAGCCAACUAUAUCAGAGAAACACCCAUUGUUUAUCAAGGGCAACUACCUCAUCAAAAUAUGCAUUCCCAAAACGAGUUUGCUCAGACCAGUAAAAUCAGACAAACUACGAAAUCUGUGAAUGCUGGAGCAGAACAAAAAAUAAACACACCACGACGAAAGCCACCAACGCCAAAGUCUAUAGCAGAACUUGAACAGAUAAAUAAACUUCACUUUCAAGUUCCAUUAAAUCGGAUGUCUCGAGGUCUACAUCAGUCGAUGACGUCACAAAGCAAUCAACAGGGCCCAAUACUGGAUUUCCAUCGUAGAACUCUUCCGACGUUACCACCUACCAAAGCAAAAUUUACCAUCCAAAAUGAAGAAGGAAAUGUUCUACAGAAUCUUCAACAGUUCCAAUCUCAAACUCCAAAUUUUGUUCCCCAGUCAAACAGUCUUUUACGAUUAGCGAAAGAGUCCUUGAUGAAUAAUGGUGUGAUAGGAAACUCCAUUCAUGUCAGAGGACACCGUGUUUCAAACGAUCAGAGAGAAAACCAUCCAGUGGCAUUGAAUAAUGCACUAUUUCAUGAUGCUCCUUCGCUGGCAAUUCCAAGAGGUUUUGUAAAUGACGAUUCAAACUUUAUACUAAACAAACCUACACAUCGGAAGAACUUAAAUCAGAUGGCGACUCAACUAGUGUCUGCUACACCGUCAUUUCAAGCACAACUAGGACCGCUAUCACCACAAACACACAAACAGACAAAUGUCAAGCAACCAAACGUGCAUGUCAUUACAAGUGCCUUAAGUAACAACGGUCAUGCAAAUAUUCCCUUUUCUUUAAAUGGAAUGGUCACUGCUGCUAAGCCUGCUCUGGAAUCAAACAAUUACAUAAGUACUAACCAAGUCUCAAAAAUUGAAUCGCCCGAUCAACGUAACGCCAUUCAAAAUACAGAUUCUGCAUCAGCCAAUCACUCCGAGGGAAUCCCUGUGACAAUGCCACCUAAACAGACAUCAUUCAUCGCUCCUCAGGGAAACCAAUAUCUGCACAAAACGAAUGAUCACAGCAGAAAAUGGGAAGACGUGACAAAACUAGAGAAGGUUGCCGACAAUCAGAUAAAGAAUAUCAUCCUAAACACGGGUGGGAAAGUACAAACUUCAUUCUGGGAUAGUCUCGUGCAGAAAAAAGCAUCUUCACCCAACCAGGUAAUUAGAAUUAAUCUGGACUCAAAUCUCCAGCACUCUCCGUUGUUCAAGGAAAAGAAGGUGACCGAAAGAGCUCCGAUAACGGAGGAGGUAGAGGCAGAGGACGUUACUACAACCACUACUGUGAAACCAAGCGAGGAAUUCCGAAUGGAAAUUCACACAAAUCAAGAUGGCGUUAGUAAAAUCAGCAUCGUCCCACAGGCAAAUCAAAGUGGAAAUUCAAAAUGUGAUCCUUCAUCUGCCGAUUUUACUUGUGUGGGAAUGGCGCCUUUUGAUGUCGUUAAAUCUAUAGGAACCUGGUGUUUGGCCAAAUGUUUACAGGGGUCUUGUGUAGAUACUGUAUGUAGUUGUUCGUGCGACCGGAAAUUGCAUUCCUCGUUUGAUCAUUCUAAUGGAGAAGACAUGGCUUCCAUUUUGACAAGGGGAGGGAACUCUAAAUCCACCAAAAUUCAAACAACAUUAAACGAAAUCUACACAUCUCUGAAGGCAAAUUCAAAUCCUCAACCUCAGAGGAAUAGUGUCCAGAAUGGCGAGACUGUAAAGUUUCAGAAUGGGCAGAAUGAUAAAACGAAAAAUGAAAAUAAUGGGCAGAAUCCAGAGCUGAAGAACUCUAUGGAUGUACAGUUCUUGUUGCGUUCCAUAGAGGGCAUGAUAGAGGAGAAACUUCGGAGAAUGGCUCCGGUGACGACACCUAGCCCGCCACCCGAAGAGGAGGUAGAAGCGGAAGACGUACAGACAACGGUGCCACCUUCAAAUAACAACGGGAAUAACAACAACCAUGCCAAUGGAAAUAACUGGAAUAACAAUGGAAAUAAUAAUAACUGGAAUAACAAUGGAAAUAAUAACAAUUGGAAUAACAAUGGAAAUAGCUGGAAUAACAAUGGUAAUAAUAACAAUGGAAAUAAUUGGAAUAACAAUGGAAAUAAUAACAAUGGAAAUAAUUGGAAUAACAAUGGAAAUAAUAAUUGGAAUAACAAUGAUAAUGGUAAUGAUAACAAUGGAAAUAAUAAUAAUUGGAAUAACAAUGGAAAUAAUAACUGGAAUAAUGGAAAUAACUGGAACAAUAAUCCGAAUAAUGGAAACAAUUGGGGCAGUAACGCCCCCUGGCAGAACGGGAACUGGAAUAACAGACCAAACAAUCCCCCAUGGAAUGGGCAGUCACCGAACUGGAACCAAUGGAAUAAUGGAGGCGCAGGUGGUCCCUGGGGCGGACCUAACAGUCAGUGGAAUAACUGGCGCGGAAACGGGAAUUGGAACAUGGCAUUUUCUCGCCGAAAUCAAUGGCAGGGGCAUGCAGGAGGCGGAGAGGCGGCAGACUGAGGGGUUUAAUGUUAUAUCAAGAUCUAGAACAUUAUACGAUCACUGUAGAACAGAAUUGUCUCGUUUUUUUGGGGGGGGGGGUUACGUGGAUCUCUGUUGUUGUUGUUGGGUUUUUUCUCCAUGAGGUACCUGCAUAUAAUUCUAUGGUUAUUUUGGAAUGCUGAAUCACGGUGUAGAUAGAUAUAAACUAGACACCGAAAUGUGGCAGAAAUUUCCAUUUUAAAACCACUGAAGUUAAUACCCUAUCACUGAGAAUGAUAUCUGUUUUCGUGAUCGGUUGACAUUAUGAUACUCCUCUAUAUAAUUUUAUUUCAUUCCUCUGACCAGAGUUGACACCGGUCAAGGGUUGAGACUAAAUUUCUAUGAAAAUGAAAGAAUUUUAGUUCUGACGAAAAAAAGAUCAAUUGUAGAAAAUUUCUGAAAAUAACCUAUUGUAUAUAUUAUGUUAUUUCUAACAGAAAUGUUCAACAUGCAUAAUAGAGAGAGAGAGAGAGGGAGAGAGAGAGAGAGAGGUGAACUUACAUUUAUAUAAAUAUUUUAAGUCAUCUGGUUGUUAUUCAGUUGUCUAGUUACCAUGGUGAUGAUAGAUUAAUAUUAUUUGUUAUCGAUGAUUUGUGUUAAUUCUGUUUAUGUACCCUUUUUUAUUUCGCGGGUAGUUUUCUGUCGUGAAUCAUCACGAUAUUAUUUUCUGUUGAUUUUGGUUGUAACAUUUUUGUCAUUUGAAAAUACAAAGGGAUCCGUAACAAGUUACAGUUUUCGUGCAAUAUUCUGUUUCAUCCGUCAGACUAAAGAUAGUAUCAGUUCGCCAAACGUAUUCAGUGAUGGGAUUAUCAGUAUCAGUUGUUCGCCCAAGUAUUCGGGUUUACUGAUGGAAUUCAGUUAUUCGCCAAAAUAUUCGAGUUUAGGUGGCAAGGGACAGUUUCUUUGGUUUUGAAACAUGUGGAUAGGGGGUAUACACCAAAGACAGAUUAUGACAGACUAAUGAAAAAUCAUAUUUCCCUUUUAUGUCAAUACUUGUAUUUCAUAUUAGUGUAGUUAAUAAAUCAUGACCCUAAAUUACAUGUAAUCUAUAAAUACUGGUGCUGGUGCACAAAACAUGCUCUGAGCAGGUUCCCCUUUUUUGCUUUGAUUUUCCCUCAUUUGGGCUAAUCCGCACCACCAUCACACCAUCAAAGUACCAAACAUGGGGAUUUAGACACUGUGCACAAUCAAGAACCCUAUCUGCCCUUCUCAAAAAUCUACCUCUCAUAUGGGGCCAUCCACCUUCCCUCACAGCUACAGACCUUUUGCUAGACCCUGCAUGUUUUCACCGGAAUUUCUUCAGCAACUGACCACGUGUCUUAGUUUCGUAUUUGCACCCAUCUAUAUGCUAGGAAUCAUGGUGACACCUACAUGUUGUAUAUCAACAUUUUUACUAAGCACUCAGCUACAUUUGACAUGCAUCCUAAAAUUAUUGUAUACAUUUUUACACAUGUAAUAUCACUUCAAAUACGGGGUAAUUCCAUUUUUUGAAAAAGUUGAUCGGGCCUAUAGUGCGAAACUGUCCCCUGCUACCUUACUGACGGAAUUAGCAGUAUCAGUUGUUCGCCAAAGUAUUCGGGUUUACUGAUGGAUUUUAACAGUAUAGGUUGUUCACCAAAAUAUUCGGAUUUAGUCAGUGUAUUACAGGAACACGGAUGUACAAAAUGUGUAACCUAUUUUUCUUUGUAAAUUGUCUACAUACCAAAUACAAAGCCUUCACCUGCCACUAUGUGUAUCUGUUCAGGGAUGCAAAAUUAAAACUGUUCCAUGUUCAAAUAUCUGAAAUGUUGAUUGCAUUAUUCAGGAGUUCUAUUUUUACCGAUCGGACAGUAGUAUCAUAUUUUGCUUAAUAAAUGGAAA